AGCGUUUUGCUUAUUUGUGUUGAACCGUCCAAAUAGCGGCAGUUUGAAUAGAUAAAGGGUUUAUAUGGUCAUCAUAACAACACUCAAAUUAGUUUAGAUGCAAAGUGUCACCUUUUCUAUUCCUCCCCGAUUGACCUCCCCUCACCUCCCCCCUCCUCCACUGGAGAGACAACGCCUUUGACGUAGUCAGCGAAACUUAAAGGAAUUCACCUGGCGGACCUGAAGUGUGUGAGGAGUGAGAGGAGUGCUCUGUUACCUUCACAACUUUACUACUAAAACAGUGUCAGAGGCAGGAAUUAGAAACUCUGAACAUCUGAUCGACGCGAGGAGCAGAGCAACAGCCAUUUACCUAACAAUGCUGUAACAAUGCCCUGACACUUCUGGGAACUUAUAUCGGUGACUUGGGCAACAGGAAUAGCCUACUUUCUCGGGGAGUUCCGGGUUUAUGUAACACUUCAACCAGCGUAUCGCCCGAAGCAUGAACAUGGAACUGCAGUCCUUAGGGACGAAUAGGAGCAAUGGCGAUGGAGCAGAUCAUGUGUCCGCCAGUGAGCAGGUUCAAAAUGGAUCGACCCCUGCCGAGCAGAAUCCGCUGCUCUCCCCGUAUCCUGAGAGCAAUGGAGACGCUACCAUUCGGGUCCCACCGGAUGUCUCACCCGAGUGCCGCAAGAAGAAAGUGGUUCGCGAGGUGGAGCGGUUGACGACAGCGCUCAACGCAAAGGUCUUCUGGAAGUGCAGGGUGUGGAUGACCAUCCUCUUCCUCCUCUUCUUCAUCGCAGCUGUAAUCUUCAUCUCUAUAGUCCUGUGCUCAGUCUUCCGUAAGGAUCCGGACGAUACAUUUGACCGUUCAUCCUAUGAGAUUCCUCGAGACUUCAAUGGAACCUUUCGGCUAACCAAUCAGGUGUCGGCAGAGGAGCUCCUCACCUCCUCCAAUCAGAGUCAAGUCCUGGCCUCGCAACUUCAAAAGAAGCUCUAUGGCCUCUACAGCGACUCCCCUGCUCUCGGUCGAUACUUCUCCAACGCUGAAAUCUACGACAUCAGGAACGGCUCAACGGAGGCCGUGUUCGGGCUGAGCUUCCUGCUGCCCCGCGCGGACCAGGAGCGGCUGAGGAGCUUCACGAUGAGCCGCCAGCUCGUCUACAACGUCCUGCGCCAGGCCCUCUACGACCAGGACACCAACCCCCCCGGGGCCCUGUACAUAGAGCCCAGCAGCCUCCAGAUGAACUGAGGUCUUCCAGGGGGCCCCAGGAACACCAACGAGACUGUGUGGGUGUAUGUGUGUGUGUCAGGUUCAGAAGUGACUGGUAGAUCGUAGGGCCCGACCGAUUCAUCGGCCGGCCGAUUUAAUCGGCCGAUUAUAGCCUUUUUGAAAAUAAUCAACAUCUGCCAAAAAGACGCAGAUUACAACCGUUUUUUUUUUUUUUUUACAAAUGUUAUUGCGCUUAGUAUCCUGCAGAUUGCGCUCCUACUCGCCUUGCUAACUAACAACUUUAGCUGGAGUAAAAAAGAGGAGAUUGAAUUUUACCGUACAACAUGAAAGCACGCUCGCUCAGGCAGCUGCGCGCUCACCUCACCAAUGUACACAAGACGCGUUGUUUGAGCAUGUUGUGCCUGUUUUUCUUUAGGUCCCAGGCCAUGUUAAUUUGUUAUACUGUAGACUCUAACGGUGAGACCAUACUGCUCAGCACGCACGUGUUAGUCACUGCUCACCAGCGCAGCACAUUGGGAGUUAGUUAUUUAUUUUACAUUUUACAUUACACUCAUUUUUUACUGUAAAUGUAUUCUAAAACACUCAAAGGUUCUGCAUUCAAUUCACAUAUUCGUCAAAAGUGUUUAAAGUAUAUUUAAGGUAUCAAAAACUAUGUUUUAUAGGCUUUUUUUUGUUUUGUUUUUAAUCGGCCGAUUAAAUCGUAAUCGUAAUUUUUCUCUGAAAAUAAUCGCCAUCGGCAUCGGCACUCAAAAAUCAAUAUCGGUCGGUUCCUAGCAGAUCGGCAGCCAACAGCCUCUCGUGAAAGUGUGAAGGUCAUGGCAUCACUCUGCUUCGUCAUGUUACUGUGGGUGCCUUCAACUCUAAGGAAGAGGAGCCUCUCUCUCUCUCUCUCGCUCUCUCUCUUCUCUCCCCAACACCCCCCCCCCCCCCCACACACACUACAGGGUCCUAUAAUCCCAGAUAUCCUCUAAUCGGGGCCGACUGCCUCACUAGAUUGCGACUUCUAUAAAUGAUGUAACCACUACGCCAUGUGCAUCCAUACGAAUGGUGGCAAGGCCGGGCCUAGAAGCCCUUUGAUUUCAUUCACGUGAUUGUAGUCAAUGAAUUGGACGUCAAGUACAAUGCAGAUGAAUUGUGUUUUUGCACCAUGUUCCCGACCAGAUUGAAUGUUUAUGUUUGACUCUCAACCAAAGUUUCUGGAUUUCAUCCCCAAUGUCCACAAUCCUCCUGUAGACAUCCUUGAGCAAGGUGUUCUACCUGCACCUUAACGACAAGAAUCGGAAUACACUGGACGUCACCUUGGAUGAAAGUAGCUGGGUUCGAAAUUGUUCCCUAUCACGGAUAUAAUGCAACAUAUAAGGUGCUCGCCAUUUUGCAGUGGUGUUCGAAUUCUCAGUGGUUAAUUUAAUUCACUAUAUAGCAGACAAUAAGAUACCCAGAAUUUAAGUGAUCAUACAAUGUUCCCUACAUGUUACUCCCGUAUACCACAAUGCAAUGUGGUCGGUUCUCUAAACGCCAUUCACUGACGCAAAUGACAUUUAGAAAUGUUUAGCGUAGUGUCCGAAUUCUUGUUUGUUCAUUCACUAUAUCAUAAACACUAUAUAGGGAUUAGUGAGUGAGUGAAUAGAGAAUGAUUUCGAACCCAGCUAGUGUCUGAUAAAUGUACAUUGGUAAAUGUAACAUGGGUAAAUGCAAUUAGGCUCAAUAUUUUUUAUUAAAU